UAAACAACUCUCUCUCACACUCACAUGCUCACGCUUCUGAGUUUUUAAAGAACCAUUUCGUGUGGUUUUGUUGCGUCGCGUGGCCGAGAGAAGGAUGAAUCAUCAGAACCAAAACACCAUCAUCUCACCUCCUCCGGCUGCUAAUGACGGCUUGGCGAAGAGAAAAAGAGGUCGUCCCCCCACGAAAGAAAUCUCAACUCCAAAACCUAACACUGAUUUGGUGGGAAAGGAGGUUUCUGGUGUGAUCGAAGGAUCCUUUGAGGCAGGCUAUCACCUCAACGUUAAGGUUAAAGAUAGUGACAUCAAACUCAGAGGUCUCGUGUUCAUACCGGGCAGAGUUAAACCUGUCACUCCAGAAAACGACGUGGCUCCUCUUGUUAAAAUGUAUGUAAGAGAAGAGAACAAAAAUAACCAAACUGAUCAAUCUCUUCCUGUUGAUCAACCAAUGAACGAUGCUGCUGUCGUCACUACUACUGACUCGGAGAUCAGAGAAUAUGCUCAAGCUUUGACAUUAAUGCAACAUAUGAGCAAUGGCACGGUGGAAGAGAAGGAAGCCACGCCUGAGAAAGGCGAAGUGAUGGAAGAAGCGGCUAAUAGGUUAGUGGAGUUCUUUUCAAAUCCAGUGAGGAACUGUGUGACCUCUCAAGCACGGAGUCCUGUCGUGGUUCAGAAAGGUGAGGCUCGUGGAUUCGAUCUUAUGAUGGAACCGGUUUCUCAAGGAGAGAAAGUGCCAGAGGAGCUUCAGCUAGAGCUUGGAAACAAGACCUCAACUGUGAUAGCAAACUUGUUUGGAGGAGAGAAGAAGAAGGAAGAUAGCAACAUGGAAGAAGAAGGUACCCCAUCAGUGCAGUAGUUAAAACUCUAUUCGGUUGUUUAUGUGUAACAACAAACCACAUUAUACUCUGUUGUCAUCUUUUUCAGUUCUUUAUUUUACAGACCAGAGUUUUUGUCUGUUGUAAAAUACAGUUGGUAUUUCUGGUUUUGCAAACAUUUAUAUCGCUAGUCCCUUCUUCUAUAGCAUUGUCCC